CGAACAAUUAUUUUGCUGUAAUAAUUAUUAUAUAUGUUAUAUUAUUAGUGUAAUCAUCACUUUACCUGUAACUUCAUUCAGUGACUAGUGAUACGAGUGUCAGUGGACCGAAACACAACACACACACAAUGGGGAAAGACGAAACGCUACCUGAAUACGAAUACAGUAAAGUUCCUACAAAACAAAUUCUUGAAGAGAAGCAAGAAAUUCCCACACAUUAUGGAUACGGAGUCAGACACAUUCAACUUCUAAUAUGUUUCCUAUGUAUAUUAGUCAGCUUCAUAGCUAGAGGUCAUAUGGGGGUCACAAUUGUUGCUAUGAGUGAUACUCCUCAGGAAAACGAAUUGGUUUUACCAAUGAACAGAACAAUACAAAUAUAUUAUAAUGAAAAUAUCACGAAUAUCCAAGAAGAAGUAGAAACUAAUUCUACGAUUGAAGAUAUUGAUAAUGUUCUUGGCAAGUAUGAAACAAUUAUUGAAAGAACUGCUGAAUACCGUCGAAAGAAAUAUAUCUGGCCAAAAUCAACGCAAGAAAUGGUGUUAGGUUCAUUUUUCUUAGGUUACUGUCUCAUGACGUUUCCUAUGGGAAUGGUGGUUCAGCGAUGGGGAGGCAAGAUCCCGCUUCAAAUUGCUUUGUUUGUUAAUGGAGUAGCGUCAAUAGUGGCACCCUGGGUCAUCGACUGGGGUGGCUGGAAGGCAGUGUGUGCCUGCCGUAUUUUGCAAGGUCUAUCUCAAGCUGGUGUGUACCCUAGCAUACAGAACCUACUGGCAAACUGGGUCCCAGCGAGUGAACGAGGAACCCUAACAAGUUACGUGUACACAGGGUCCACGUUAGGCACUGUCAUAGCGUUCCAGAUGGCAGGUUACUUAGCUGACACCAGGUGGGGGUGGCCCUCCACUUUUUGGGCAGUUGGCGCAAUAUGCAUCGGGUUGUUUACUGUACUGACAAUAUUUGGUGCAGCGUCACCACCACGUCACAAGACCAUCAGUGAAGAAGAAAAGACUUAUAUUAUGGGACGAGUUGAUGAUGGAACAGUUAAGAAAUUAAGUAUACCGUGGAAGGCGAUCUUAACAUCGAGACACGUUUGGGGAAUCCUGAUUACACAUGUGGGCAGCGGAGUCAGCUUUGUUUUCUUCUUCACACAAGUCCCCUCAUACAUACACUAUAUCCUCGGUAUGGAAGUUAGAAGUAGUGGCAUCCUGUCAUCGUUACCGUACGUCGUCAGUUUCUUCACAAGCCUCUCGUUUGGUAUACUCUCCGACUAUUUGACCAACAACAAGUAUUUAGAAGUAAAGAACGCAAGAAGACUGUUCAAUAGUAUUUCUCAAGUAGGCGUUGCCGUGGCACUUCUCUCAGUCACGUUCACCACAAGUACGGUGGUGGCGGUGCUCUGUCUGGUGAUGUCCAUGGGGUGCCACAUGGCGAUGCACGUCGGAUGGAUGGUGAACCACAUCGACUUGGCACCAAACUUCAGCAGCACCCUCAUGACCAUUGGCAACACCAUGAUGAACAUAUUGAACGUGUUGCUGCCCAUACUCAUCUCCUACGUCGUCACAGAUGUUCACAAUCAGACUCAGUGGCGGAUCAUAUUUUUCAUCAUAGCGUCGUCGGGUUUCGUAGCAAACGCCAUUUAUGUGCUAACGACAACAGCAGAAACGCAGCCUUGGAACGACGGUGAAGAAUUUGAUGCACACAUAGAAGGAGCAGAAUUUAACACUGAAAAAAAGAAGAUAGCAAAAACAUGUAAAUAAUUUUAAUUACUUUAGCUAAUAAACAGUAGGUUAUA